AUGGGUCAGUUUUCUGGUGAGCGCCAUUGUGCACUUGACAGUGAAAACGAUAUCCGCUUGCUAAAUCCAGUGUGUGGUCUGUUCAAUCGUACGGUGAAUGUGCACAUUGGUGACCGCUAUCGAGUAACAAUCCGGCAACAGUUUUCGGGCCGUGAUAUCUACCAUUAUUUUAAAGCUCAGAUGUUUAUAACGGGAACAUUACCGAAGCUGGCAGAAGGCACAGAAAUAAUUUAUCCGGAUCAUGAAGAGGAAUACAGGCGCGAAGGGCCAGGUAAUAAAAAUUUCCGAUUUAGACACCUCAUUAUACAGGAGCAGUGGACCGAACCUCUUCAUUACGGGUUGUUGCAGGUUCUUGAUUAG